UUGUGCAGGUGAACGCCGGAUCGUCGCCGGAAGCAGUAAACAUGUCUUUAGAAACAUAAAACAAGUGAGGACUCAUUUAUUUAGACUGACGGGAAAACAUGAACACAAACCCGAGAAGCGUCUCACAAGGGCAGAUCGCUGGAAAUGGAAGGAGAAAAUCUAGCUUUUAAUCGAAACUUACCUCUUCCGGGAUAAACAAAUAAUACACCAACUCAGAGACAGAAAUAUCAACCACCCCAACAACGAUGGCGGACGACCGUGUAGCCAUUUUAACAGAUGAUGAAGAGGAGCUGAAGAGUCGAAAUCUCGAGCGCUUCGACCGCCUGUCGCUCGAGAUUCAGGCAGAACAGCCCACCCCAUCUUCAGAGGCCAAUGUCCCAGACGAAACAGCCCCUCAACAUGACAUGGGCUGCUGCGAACGUUUGUUUCUCCGGGUCAACCCUCACCUUCUGGUCUCGAAAGUGUUUUAUUUUUUUUUCUACUCUGCCUACGGUUCCCUUCACCCCCUCCUUGCUCUUUACUACAAGCAGCUGGGAAUGAACCCUACCCAAAGUGGUCUCCUAGUUGGCAUCCGAUAUUUUAUAGAAUUCUGUAGCGCCCCCUUUUGGGGAGUCGUGGCGGAUCGUUUCAAAAAAGGCAAAGUAGUGUUAUUGUUCUCUGUGUUUUGCUGGCUCAUUUUUAAUACUGGAAUAGGCAUUGUGCAGCCGGCAGACAUCAGCUGUAAAGAAGAGAACCUUCAGAUGACCACGGCUAUGGUACCCACCAUGCACCCUACCGCAUCCAAUGAGUCAUUCUAUCUUAACACUAGUUCCAUCCCGACAACCAAUCGCAUGAGACGACGAAGGAAUCCUAUUGGACGCUACUCUUUACUUUCCUCAGAUCUGUUUGCAGCCUAUAGCUCCAAAGACAGGUUUAAGCGGGAAUCUAACAUGAGUUACACCUUGGCACCCAAUGUGCCAACUGACACAACACAAUCCAAACACACCUCCACUGUACCACCCACAGAAACGACGUCCAUCUCAACGUUAGCCCCCAACCGUACAAACACAACGAUUGCAAGCACUACAAGUCUCACAACCACCACUUCAAAGCCAAAUUACAACGCGGAAUAUAAUGCGGACCAGGUUCAUGGGAUUUUCCUGCUCAUUCUGCUGGUCAUCAUCGUUGGCGAGUUUUUCAGUGCUCCUGCAAUUACAAUUGUAGACACGGUGACUCUUCAAUAUCUCGGUUCGCACCGUGACCGCUACGGCCUCCAGCGAAUGUGGGGAUCUCUCGGCUGGGCUAUCGCCAUGCUUUGCGUUGGCAUCUGGAUCGACCACACCAAUACAGAGCUUUUCAUCGAGGAUGGAAAGGGAUGCUUCAUGCGCAAUUACAAGAACUACAGUAUCGCCUUUAUAGUGUUUGGAGUUUUAAUGGGAUUGACUCUUAUUGUCGCCACCCAAUUCAAGUUUGAUGUUCAGCAUCAAAUUAAAGCAAAUAAUGAUGGACGAGAAGUUGGUGGCCAACAAGAUGCCCAACCUGGAGGUUCUCCAUCCAGCAGAGCGGAAAACUCAGAGAUUCAGACGAACGGUCAUGUCGAGGAGUUCCACUUUUGGGACUUGAUGCAGUUGUUGUGUGGGGUACGGUACAGUACCGUGUUGUUCGUAGCUUGGUUCAUGGGCUUUGGAUAUGGCUUUGUUUUUACCUUCCUUUACUGGCAUUUGGAGGACUUGACCGGGACAACAACGUUGUUUGGUGUUUGUUCUGCUCUAAGUCACAUGUCGGAGCUCGCCGCCUAUUUCACCAGCCACAAAUUUAUAGAACUGGUGGGACACAUCAGGGUUCUGUACAUUGGACUGGCAUGUAACACGGCACGUUACCUAUUCAUCUCGUACCUGAAGAACGCCUGGACUGUGCUACCCAUGGAAAUACUACAAGGUUUGACACACGCCUCUGUCUGGGCGGCAUGUAUCUCGUACUUGAGCGCUGCCGUACCUCCGUCACAACGUACGUCUGCUCAGGGCAUUCUCCAGGGGCUUCACCUCGGGCUGGGCAGAGGCUGCGGAGCCAUGGUCGGAGGCAUUUUUGUCAACUACUUCGGUGUUGCCGAGACAUUCCGUGGAAUAGGAAUGACCUCUCUUGUCGUUUUACUCAUCUUUUCUUUUAUAAUCUGCAUCACCGAUCCGGAUGAGAGGAAGGAGCACAAGAUGCUAGCGGAGAACAUUCCAGUUCCCUCCAGCCCGGUUCCCAUAGCGACCAUUGACCUGGUUCAGAACACAGCAGACGCGGCAACGCCCCCUCGACCCGAGCCCAGACUUCCUGCCCGGAAAGUGCGCCACCAGGAGGAGCAGGAGGACCUGUGCAAGCCUGCCUGGGUCCCCUCCGGGUCGCCAUGGGUUACCGUUGCGCUCGUCUUUUACCAGCUCAGAGAGAAGGUCGUCAUGGCAACGAUAUACCCACCUGUUGAGGUCCAUCCCCUUCAGGAAUCAGAUGAGCUCUCUCCAGAAUCCCCUAGAGAGGACCAAUUACCUACAGUCUUUGACGGCACCACCCAGCAGGACAGAAAUCUCAGUGGACCCCCAACAUAGGAAGAGCCCAGGUCCCUAGAGGCCACUGGAAUUCACAACAGGGCACACGUAAGCCUGUAUUACAGUAAACCGACUUAAAACCACCAUCAUUAACUCACAAACUGAACUUUAUACCGAAGUUUAAUAACUUUUUGUAUUUUAGUUUUACUUUUUAAUGAAACUACAUGGACAUAAAUAAGCCAACGACUAUCUUUUGUGGUGCAAGUGGACUAUGUAUUCAAUUUUAACUUAUUUAAUACGGAAGUGUUGCACAAGCUUUGAAUAAAGCCUGUCGGUUUAAACCUG